GUGUGGUUCAGGUGCAUGGGUGCUGGACUGCGCUACUGAAUUCCAGAAAUCAUUUUUUGUCGGUGUAGAUAUAUCGCCAAUAUUCCCACAAUCAAUCAAGCCAUACAACGCAACGUUCGUUCAGGCCGAUUUACUUAGUGGGUUACCAUUUGAAUCAAAUUCAUUUGAUAUAGUUCAUUUGAGUAACAUGGGAACUUGUUUCACUGAAGAAGAGUGGAGGGAUAAUGUGAUACCUGAAGUGAUACGCCUAACAAAGCCUGAUGGAUGGUUUGAAAGUCAGGAAUUCAUAUUUAAGAAGUUUGACGUUGGACCAUGUCAGACGCGAAUACUUGCGUCCGUUAGAAGCUACAUGAGCGAAUUGGGAAUUAACGUUGAUUUCGUAGAACAGAUGAAGGAUUUUUUGACAAAAAAUACGGAAACACUUGCUGACGUUCAAGAAACAGUCGUUAGGCGAUCUGUUGGAUGCGGCAGUAAAUUGGGUAAUGCAUACACAGAUUUCUCUAUGCCAGCAUUGAA